UUGUCAUUUUUAAGGUUCAACAAGGAUAUUGGAUACUGUCAAGGAUUCAAUGUGAUCGCUGCCUUAAUACUUCAAGUAGUUGAGUACCGUACUGAUAUUGCACUGAAGGUUAUGAUUUUCCUUAUCGAGUGUGUAUUGCCACGAGGUUAUUUCGAUCAAUCACUUGGUGCUCUCUCAGUGGAUCUCAUUGUAAUGCGAGAUCUGAUGCUACAACGACUACCAGCAAUUAUUCAUCAUCUUGAACAACUUCACAGUAACGAAUACGAACCGCCACUUACAAAUCUUUUUUCUAUGCACUGGUUUCUCACACUGUUCACUACCUGUCUGCCAAGGAAUUGUGUAAUGCGUGUAUGGGACGCACUGAUGUUGAACGGUUCCGAGAUUCUCAUUAGAACAGCCAUCGCAUUAUGGUCAAAAAUUAGCAGGUAUCCGAUUUUUGUAAUUUAUUCCAUGGCUGACUUUCCCUAUCCUGGACUGGCAGAGCUUCGCGAAAAGCAUACAUGGAACAUUCAACCGCUUUCAACCACGAUCAAAUCCUUUCGAAAAAAUGUCAACAGCAUUCUAUACGACGAUCCUUCAGACGAAGAAGCGACGUGCAUACCGUGUUCGUUAGUUCGAAAAGUCUACACCAGAAACCUGAGUAUUUUGAAUUUUUUCUACUAA